AUGGUCCACCGAUCCGACGACCCAGGAGAAAUCCGCCCUCCGUCGCGCGCACACGAUACUCCCUCGAGACAACGACUGAAGUCGGGGGCUAGCCCGCCGAAGAAGGAGAGGUCCAGGUCGUCCGCGAAAGAUGUCUCGGAGCUGACAGACUACCAAUUGGGCGACUGCCUUGGCAAAGGUGCAUUUGGUUCUGUAUAUCGCGCGCUGAAUUGGGGCACCGGAGAGACCGUUGCUGUCAAGCAAAUCCGACUUGUGGACUUGCCAAAGAGCGAACUCCGGGUUAUUAUGCAAGAGAUCGAUCUCCUCAAGAAUUUGGAUCAUCCGAAUAUUGUCAAGUACCAUGGGUUCGUGAAGUCUGCAGAAACCUUGAACAUCAUCCUUGAGUACUGCGAAAAUGGAUCACUACAUUCGAUUUCGAAAAAUUUCGGACGAUUUCCCGAAAACCUCGUUUCCCUCUACAUGUCACAAGUCCUAUCCGGAUUACUCUACCUCCACGAACAAGGCGUUAUCCAUCGAGAUAUCAAAGGCGCGAACAUCCUUACCACGAAACAAGGGUUAGUAAAACUGGCAGACUUUGGUGUUGCCAGCCGCACCACUGGCCUCCAUGAGUCGAGCGUCGUCGGCACCCCAUACUGGAUGGCGCCAGAGGUGAUUGAGUUGUCGGGGGCUUCGACAGCUUCAGAUAUAUGGAGCUUGGGCUCGACGGUAAUAGAGCUGUUGGAAGGAAAGCCACCAUAUUACAAAUUUCAGCCUAUGCAAGCACUAUUCCGUAUCGUCAACGACGAUCACCCUCCGCUGCCUCAAGGGGCUUCACCCGUUUGUCUCCAUCUCUUUUCGGUGGCUGUAAAAGACUUCCUCAUGCAAUGUUUCCAAAAAGAUCCAAAUCUUCGCGUAACAGCCCGGAAACUACUGCGACACCCAUGGAUAAUGAACGCCAAGCGGUCUGACUCUGUUGUUCCGACGAAGUCUACGGAAUACGAGGAGGCUGUCAAAAGCGUCCAGGAAUGGAACGAAGCACUCCGGUCCCCCAAUCCAAAUACUCUACGACGACCUAUGCGAUCUGCGUACGCAAGCCCCGGGCAGAGCCAGAGAACACAAUCGCACUCCCGCCACCCAUCCUCCCGUGAAUCUGUCCCUGCCCUAAACACAAAUGUCCCGGAUAAGUUUAGGUCUCCGGACAAUAAUGAUGACAAUUGGGAUGACGACUUUGCUUCUGCAGUUUCGCCGAGUGCUCUUCAAUGCCCUCGGUUGAAACCGCAGGAUAAUUUCGGGGGCAUGUUGUCGUCGGAGAAACUCAAAGCAUUCGCUUCACUGGAGAAUAUCGCCGAACUGGGGGCAGAUAAUUUAUCAGAUAAUAGCGCACUCAACAGGGAUAGGUCUAUCUUUUCGGAUUCGGAUUCAUUACAAACUAUCCGUCCAUAUGUACGAAGGCGGCCUGAGGAACACCAAAAUCCCCCGAAACUUCCAAGGCGAACGAGGCAUCGACAAGUUCCUACGCCCUCGUUCAAGAAGAGCGCAAUUAUAGCUCCCAUUUCGCGCGGAUCCCCAAAACCGACAUCUCACCCUCGACCGGCUGCUUUCUACAAGGAAAGUUCUGUUGAAGAUUAUUCUGAUCUCAUCGCCGCGAACGACGAGGUCCUUGAAAGCAAGCUAGCGGUGGCUCCGGGCCAUAACACCGAUGAUAAUGCUGGCCAGUCACAAGAAUCUAAUGGCGCAGCUAUUCUUGAUACCACUGUCGUUCAUUCCCCUGAAAAAAGCGUGUUCCAAUUACCCCUGAGAAGGAAGAAACCGUCCAUCACAAGAGCACGAACAUCUAUAGGGAUCGAAAGAUAUGCGGAGGAUGAAACUGAUGAAGAUUUCUCAGACAUACUUGGGAGCAAUGAGGAUACACUCGUCAAAUUGGAUAGUGACGACAGCUCUGAUCGUAGUAGUCUAAUGCUGAACUCGAAAUUAUCUACGAGCUCGUGGCUUGGGGAUGUGGAUGAUGAAGACGACCCUUUUGCGCAACUCGAAGAGGGUUUGGAUGAGAUGGAUCUCGAAGCCAAUAUCGCGAGAGACAAAUAUGCUCGACUUCGGAACCAGGUUGAAGGCCUUGUUAGUUCGUUGAAGACCUCGCAGGAUGACGAAGUACUAGCAGACAUCUCUGAGCAAUUGGUCGCCGUGUUCUCGGAUCUGCCCGAAACCAAAAACGUGAUCAUUGGCGCUCAUGGUAUGCUACCCAUGCUUGAGAUUCUAGAUACAUGUCGUCGAAGGGAUGUCAUUUCUAACCUCUUAAAAAUUGUGAAUGCUAUUAUCUUUAAUGAUUACGAGGUUCAAGAGAAUCUCUGUUUCGUAGGAGGAAUUCCAAUUAUCAAUCGGUUCGCUUCGAAAAAAUAUCCUCGCGAGAUCCGCAUUGAGGCAGCUUCGUUUGUGCAGCAAAUGUAUCAGACGUCGACUCUGACCCUCCAGAUGUUUGUCAGUGCUGGAGGUUUGAAUGUUUUGGUCGAGUUCUUGGAGGAUGACUACGAAGACGAGCGGGAUCUCGUCUUAAUCGGUGUCAAUGGUAUCUGGAGUGUAUUUGAAUUGCAGGGAUCCACGCCGAAAAACGAUUUCUGUCGUAUAUUAUCCCGGAAUUCAGUUCUUGACCCGUUAUCUCUAGUACUAAGCAGAGUCUUAGACGAGGAGGAAGGGGAACUAGCUGAACUUUGCGAAGGCCGUAUCGCGAAUAUUUUCCAUAUAUUCUCACAAGCCGAAAGCCAUGUCAAGGAAAUGGUCGCGGAGAGAACAGUCUUACAUAGAGUGCUUAAAGAGCUGAAACGAAUGUCACCUGGACCUCAAAUUACAAUGCUCAAGUUCAUUAAAAACCUGUCGAUGCUCUCGACGACUCUUGAGGCACUCCAAAAUUCGAACGCGAUUGAUGUUCUCACCGACCUACUGCGUUCUACCAUGAAAGGCCCCCAUUUCCGUGAAGUUUCUAACCAAAUCUUGAACACAAUUUAUAAUAUGUGCCGCCUAAGCAAGUCGAGGCAAGAAGACGCGGCUCUGAAUGGCAUAAUACCGCUGUUACAGAAAAUCGUGAAAACCGAACGACCACUGAAAGAAUUUGCAUUACCGAUCCUCUGCGACAUGGCACAUUCUGGCAAAGUUGGCCGGCGCGAACUCUGGCGCAACAAGGGCUUGGCGUUUUAUAUAUCAUUAUUAUCUGAUCCAUACUGGCAGGUUACCGCUCUUGAUGCAAUAUUUAGCUGGCUUCAAGAAGAAACUGCCAAAGUCGAGGAGCAUUUGCUCGACAACCGUAAUGGCGAGCCCCUUUUCACAAUUGCAAUUGUCCGCUGCGUUACAAUUUCGAAAGCAAAUACAUUUGAAAAUCUCCUGGAACCCCUUCAGAAACUGCUCCGGUUGAGCCCAGCCGUUGCAGCAACGCUUGCAAGGCCAGACAUGUUCGAGCGUAUUGGACAAAAGCUUCACCAUACUAAACCAGCUGUGAGAGUCAAUUUAUUGCGUAUCCUAUCAACUAUUUGCGACGCUUGUGACGAACGAUGUGGUCUCCUAAGCCGGUAUGGCCUAUUAGAUGCAAUUAGGGAGUUGCAAAAGGACUCUCGUGUUCUCGUGCGGGAGUUAGCUUCCCAACUUGUCAAGCUGAGUGAAGAGAACGACCAGUUAAAUGGCCAAAAGCGAUGGUCCACAAGGCGCAGGAACUCAUCCAUUACGCCCCCGGCUUUGAUGUCUAGCCACUCGAUGCCGACCACACCGCAAGUAAGCCGAACCGGAGCAUCGAAACUCUACGUUGAAGGCAGGGAGAAUCUUCAUCCUUCGACUGGAUUAAACGGUUCGUUAAUACUGCGGCCGGGAAGUCGAGAUGGCAGGUCUUCCGCGGGUACUCCGGUUGGAUCGGCGAAUGGACUUAAACCCCGAUUGGCACAUCGUCUAUCCCAGCAGAUCACGCCGCUGACACUACAAAAGGAGGAGAGCAGGACUCCCACUUCGACUCGGACACCGUCGAUCCUUCAAUCGCGGAGAAGGAGACCGACGAAUGGCGGGUCGGAAUGGGCGUGA